AUGGAGCCUAUCUUCAUGCGAGUUUCCAUGCUUAGCUUUUUCGACCGCGAGUUCGACCGAACAGGCAAGAUUCAGAAAUUAUGGGAGCCCCGCAUCAACGCAUCCCAGUUCAAUGCGACCACACAUGCGAAGUACCUCUACAUCAAGGUUGGUGCCAAAUAUCAGAAAGAGUCAUGGGUCGAGCCGAUAUCGAGCCUGAACCUUUCGCUGAAAGCGUUCAAUCAGACUGCGGCCACGGUGCUGCUGUUUGUUGUUCAGUUCUCCUCGCCCACCCGUGACGCAUCGAAAGUUUCACGUGUGCUCCCCGUCGCGCCCUUGCCAUGGGUAUGCUAUACAACCUCGCUGCUGUCGGGAACUAUCGUAUGUCCGCUCUGUUUCGCAAGCACGAUUCUCGAGUUGUUAUGUGUCGACCUGUGUUCGCUUGCUUGA